AUGCCUUCCAACGUGCGUCCGUUGACGGGCAAGGGCAAAGCGCACGGGGGUGUUGAAACACGGGUCCAAACUGUUGGUCGCUUGUUGACCUACUUUUCAGCUGCGUUCAUCGGAUUCUCUCUGGUGUGCUCGUUGGCGCCGUCGAGCUCAUCGGGUAAUUCGUCCUCCAGUAGUGGGCCGCGGCGAGGCUAUCUUUCCACACCCUCUGGACGAUGCGAUCCAUUCAGUCUUCCUGGUUGGGUGGACUGGUCGAUCGGAACCAACGACCUUCCGGCUUGGCGCACGUUCGACCCGGCGUGUUCAACGAGCAACCUACUUGGCAUGCUCAUCUCGACGCUCAAUAUCCAGCAAGCGGACCCGAGCAAGAUCGCGCCGCACGCGGCGCACACGCUCCCCUCGAGCAGUAGCGUGGAGGAGCUAAGCAUGUUCUUCAAGAACCGCACCGUGCUCAUGAUCGGUGAUCAUCAAGUGGACCAAUCGCUCGUCUCGCACUUCUGCUCUCUUACCGGACACACAAUACACACAGUGGAUAAAUCGCAUGUUUGGGGAAAAAGUCUCAACUCUGUUCCGCCAAAACACGGUUUCACGCCGAUCAAGAACAAUGCACCGUUGGCGCAUUACUGCUAUUUGCCAGAGUACGACUUCUUGCUCACAUCCGUCUACUCGUACGGUGCGGAUAUGUCGGAUGCGUGGCGGAACGAGGACAUAUACAAUGCACCUGGCUUGUUUGAGCAUCGAGUGACGGAUUUGUUCGAACCGUACAUGCGCCAUCUUUCGUCGAGUUUGGCCACUUCGCCCGCGCUGCCAUUACCGCGCGAGAAAGCAGAGCCGGAUCUGAUCGUGUUCAAUUCAGGACUGUGGGAUCUGGCUCGAUGGGCGAGGCAGGACAUCGACACGGGCGUUGGGUUGUUGGAGAAUCUAUCAGAGGAAAGGAUCAUGUGGUGGAGAUCGAGGAUGAUCGACAUGCUCGGAUCGGUCAGGAAAGCGUGGCAAAACACGAGGAUUGUUUGGCGCAACACGGCAUAUCCUCUGGCGUCCGAGGCGAGCACAGUCGAAGCAUUCCUAGGUAUCGAAGGUGAACAAAGAAAAAACCAUCCGCUGUACCACGCGAACCGAAUUGCGCAGCUGAACCACGCGCAGAAAUCUGCCUUGGAUGUUCAUGGCGACGACGUGGUCAAGGGCGAAAGAUCCAGGAGCGCGCGCAUGCCUAAGGACGUCGUAGCUCUCAGCUUCGCAGAAGUCUUCAUGGGUCAAGAUCAACAUUUGUUGAAUCCCCUAGCCCCCAGUCAGCUGCCGUGCGGUGCACUGUUUGCAGAGAUGCUGCUCUGGCAUCUGCGCGAUGCCGUCAAUCCGUGA